AACAAUGACGGUUUAAGACCUGCGACUCGACGCAAUCAUGAACGAUAACUACAAGAGACAGUCAAACGAGCGCGAAAUGCGCGACCAAAACUCGCUUGGGUCGGAUGGAAGCCGUCAGCCUAACAAAUAUGACGAACCACCGAACUCAAGACUGUUUAUAGUUUGUGGUAAAUCGAUCAAUGAGGACGAUUUUAAAGAGGCUUUCGAGCCAUAUGGAGAAAUCGAAGAGAUUUGGGUUCUCAAGGACAAGGUUACGAAUGAACCCAAAGGAGUGACCUACAUAAAGUUCUCUAAAACCUCCGAGGCUGCGCUGGCCAUGGAGGAAAUGAACGGACGUUGUAUAGGAACCCAUCCUCGGCCCCUUAAGGUGUUGAUCGCCCAUUCUAGGGACCAAGGGUCUAGACGAGAGAUGAACGAAGACGAACGACUUGUUCGACUUUUUGUUGUAGUUCCUAAAAGCACUGGAGAGAAUGAUCUAAAAGAUCAUUUUAAUCAGUUUGGAGAUGUUGAUUAUGUGAGUAUAGUGCGGGAUAGGACGACUAAAGAGAGUAAAGGAUUUGCAUAUAUUAAAUAUCAUAGAAUGUCACACGCGGCGAAAGCUUUCGAGGCGUGUGAUCGAAGUUAUAAACCAGUAUUUGCCGAUCCUAAGCCUCAGAAAUCAGGAUAUCACGACUGUGGAGACAGGAUGGCGGGUCCUGGAAGUACAACCAGUGCUAGCACUACUGCCAGCGUGUCGGCAGGUUACGACAUGCUCACGUACAUGGACACGUCGCACAGUAAUCCCGAGGGAAAUUGUCGCCUGUCGGUUGUUGUUAGCAGCACAAUAAACCAGGAUCAGCUGUGGAGAUUGUUUGAUCUUGUUCCUGGUUUAGAUUACUGUGAGUUGAAGCGAGGUGAGGGGAGAGGAGGUAGAGAUAGGUCUGGUAAAGCUGUUGGAACUGUUGUAUUUAACAAUCCUCAAUCUGCAACCUAUGCCAAGGAGAAACUGCACGGGUUCGAAUAUCCUCCAGGACACAGACUCAUUGUCAAGUUCGAGGACACGCCUAACCACGGAUACAAUCCUGUUCCUCUCACAUACAAUAUACACAUGGCCCGCCCUCAAGGGUUUAUUGGCCCUCCCCCCGGCCAUCCUGCAGCUUAUGCUUUGGGCCCAAGGAUGCCCCCGCCGGGCCCUCCACCAGUGCGGCCAGGUAUCCCUACCGAUCUACAAUCUCUAGCUGACAGUAUAGCACAGGCCACCUCCCUUAUACAGGCAGCUGGGUAUACGAACAACCACCAGGGAAACAGUGUACCAGAGACCUACGACCCUUCCUACUGCUCCGUCAAGCUCCCCCCUCCCCAACCCCUCGCCCCCACCGACUCCCCUGUAGCAGAACGGCUGUUCAUCGUCUGCACUCCGUACAAUCCAGUCAUCUAUAUCUUGAAGGACGUAUUCGGCAGGUUCGGUAAUCUUAUCGAUAUCUACCUGCUGGCCGGGAAAACCUGUGGGUACGCAAAGUAUGCGAGCAAGGAGAGUGCUGAGAAGGCGGUGUCUGCCCUGCAUGGACAGGAAGUUUGUGGGAACCGACUCAAGGUUAUGUUAGCUGAUCCCCAGGAUCCUAAACCUCAAACAGCAGAUGUGAUGACUAGGCAGUAAUCAGUAUUGUUGUAAUCUGAGAAUAUAUAUGUUAGUUUUAUCUAUUUUCUGAAAAUGGCAAGAUUUGAGUCA